CAUCAACAACAAAGAUCUCUCUACUUCAACAAAUCACCACAUUACUUCAAGAACAAAAAAAAAACAGCGUUAACUAAUGGGAGGAAUCAAAGUUUUCGGUCACCCAGCUUCCACAGCCACGAGAAGAGUUCUCAUCGCUCUAUACGAGAAAAAUGUCGACUUUGAAUUCGUUCAUGUCGAGCUCAAAGAUGGUGAACACAAGAAAGAGCCUUACAUCCUCCGCAACCCCUUUGGUAAAGUUCCAGCCUUUGAAGAUGGAGACUUCAAGAUUUUCGAGUCAAGAGCAAUCACUCAAUACAUAGCUCAUGAAUUCUCAGACAAAGGAAACAACCUUCUCUCAACUGGCAAGGACAUGGCGAUCAUAGCCAUGGGCAUUGAAAUUGAAUCGCAUGAGUUUGAUCCAGUUGGUUCCAAGCUUGUUUGGGAGCAAGUCUUGAAGCCUUUGUAUGGUAUGACCACAGACAAAACCGUUGUUGAAGAAGAAGAGGCUAAGUUAGCCAAAGUCCUUGAUGUUUACGAACACAGGCUUGGUGAGUCUAAGUAUUUGGCUGCUGAUCACUUCACUUUGGUCGAUCUUCACACUAUCCCUGUGAUUCAGUACUUACUUGGAACUCCAACUAAGAAACUCUUCGACGAGCGUACACAUGUCAGUGCUUGGGUUGCUGACAUCACUUCUAGGCCUUCUGCUCAAAAGGUUCUUUAAGUGAAUCAGAAGAUUUGAAUAAAAGUGGCGAUGACCU